ACAGUGCAUGGGGGAAUCAGGUGAGUCACUGCCUAGUACUGGCUAGUGGUGCUUCCAUUCCUCAGUGACGUGCAGAAGCAAGAUCUUGCCAUGUGACAAACCACGCCCAUCCAGCGCGUUUCUGACGCGUGUUUGCACACAUUACUGGUAGACCUACAUAAACUCAACAGCAUUGACGCCUCGUUAAAUUCAAUCAUGUCGUUCUUCCGUCGUGCUCCCCACAAUACGUGGUCUGACCACUUACUCCUGAAACUGGCCAAUAUUGCCGGAGCGCUCUUUGUUAUGGGAGCAAAUGGGUACACGGUCAUUUCUCCCCUGGAUGUCUACUACACCGGGAAAGAGACGUACUUUACUCCUGCCCCAUGGGCUUACUUCCUAUGGCCCGUUAUUCACUUAUUGGUUCUCGGAACAUGCACCUACCAGUUCUCCGGACGGGGUAAGGAGAUCAUUGUCGAAAUGAUCGGCUGGAAUCUCCCACUUCUCGACUUCCUGAAUGUCAUGUACAUAUAUUCCUGGACCAACCGGGAGUACAAAUAUGCUUUGGUUUUCAUGAUCUUUACUGGCUCAGUUGUAUCGAAAAUUUACCGGCUUGUGAAAGCGAGCACUGUACGCAACAUCUGCGACGAACUCUUCCUGCAUCUUCCGUUCUCCCUCUAUCACGGCUGGACGACAUGUUUGAUCUUCAGCACCGCCUUUGCGGCUUUUGGUGUCAAUGCAGACAUUGAGCCGGUGAAGAUCUGGACCAAGGUUUUCGUCUUCCUCAGCCUGUUCACCCUCCAGACCAUUGCAUCCGCCUAUGCGUACCACUCUGCAGAGGGCGACCUUCCUGCUUGCCUUGCAGUCUCCUGGUUCAUAUGGGCAAUCUUUGUGCACCAAACGCCGGAAAAGUCGCCAUUCGUGCACUGGUGUGCCCUUGGAGCUGCCAUCCUGUCGUUGUGCUGGCUCAUGCGGAGCGCAAUUGGCUUGGAGCUUAAGAUCAGGAACAGAAGCACUAAUAAUGUUAGGUUUGGGUUCAGUGGUAAUGACCACGAGGGCUCUCGACUUUUGGGCGGUGGUGGACACUAAGUGGAGGCAACAGCACCACAAGUGGAUCGAGGUGUUGUGCGUUGCGCGAGUUGGCGCGCUGUAGCGCGGGGGUGCGUAGUUCUUUCUCUUUCAACCUUGUCUUACAAUAUGUAGAUAUGUACUUGGGACUCAAAUAUAUGUUCGUGUUUUGUAAUAGCAGAUAGUCCUGGUCCAUUUCAUUGAUGUUAAUUUAUCAUGUUUCGUGCACUUCUUGCAAGAUAAGCAAAAAAAGCAU